GAUAGAGAAAAUGCGAACAACGUGCAAACAUUUCGAUUAAUUUAUGACAGACCUUGAAUUGACUUAGUGUUUCGUUCAUAAUUUUCUAUACACAAUAGCUCGACACAAUACGGUAGUGAUUUAUCGCGCUCGCACUUGUUAAACGUAGACAAGGUUUGAUUUGACAAACAGGAAUCGAAUACUUUUCUCCGCCAAAGGCUUCAAAACUUUAGUUCCAUACACAUCCCGUCACCUUCCUUCACCUCACUCUCUUUGUAUCUUAUCUUUCAAAUCGGUCAAACUGGGCAGACACACCGUAUAAUCGAAAUUCGAUCGGCAAUAUACGAACAGCACAGCAGACGUCACUGAUCUAUCGGAACGAACCAGCGAUAAUCAGAUUUAGCCGACGCAAAGACAAUUCGAUUGUGUUCGCUGUAAUAUGCCUGUACUUUCAUCGCAACGAUUCUCAACGACGACUGGGAAUUCAUAUCUGCCAUCAACUUAUACAUCAAGAUUGUCAACCAACAGUGGUACAACAUCAUCAUUGUACUCGUCGAAUCGUCAGCCACACCAAUAUCGAAGCAGUCUAACCACAUCUUCUGGCUACGGUUCGCGUAGCGAUGAUUCAUCCCGAUUUGGAGUAAGUAGAUACACGACACGUUCAAGUUUUGACAAACCGCCAACGGGAUCAUCCGCCACAUCAUCGAGAUUUCGAUCGGAAAGUCGAUCGCGCGAUUAUUCAUUGGAUGGUAGUAGUGGCAGUGCAUUGAUCAGUGGUUAUAGUUCAUCAUCAUCAGCCACUAAAAGCGAUUCAAAUUCUUAUCACAACACAAAAAGACAAUCACCAUCAUCAUUAGCACGUUCAGUAGCUACAUCCGGGGCGGAUCUAUACGAGAAAUAUAGUCCAUCUCAUUAUAUACCAAAGUUAGAAUUAUCACGUUCUAGAUCACUGUCUGAAACGACAAGCAGUAAAUUAGCAUCGGCGGAUAUAUCCAACGCACGUAGUUUCUUGCGAUCAGCCUCACGUGACCGUGAUACAUCGUCGCCCGUUAACAGUUCAGCUAUUACAAGCAAGGUAAAGAAGAGUGUGCCCUCUUUAGCAACCCAUAAUUGUUCCACAUUUAAUUCACUCCAUCCAAGCUCAAAUAAUAAUAAUUUAACUGAGCCGCCUGCUGUUGUUACCGCUGCUGUUACUAACACAAAAUCAAAUAAUCCAAAAGUGUUCAUUUGUUCCCAUUCACCUCCCACUGCCACUGCGGCUGUUGGCUUAAAAAAUUCACAAACAAAAAAAGCCACCGCUGUUGUGGUCAAUUCAUCUGUCGUCGGUAAAAAGUCAUUAGUGUCCAGUCAAAAUAGUGUACGAAACAGUCAUUCAAAUGUGACCGACAGUAUGUUCAACAACAAUAACAACAACAUCAAUAACAACAACAACAACAACAAUAGUAGUACCACAAUAACCAAUCAAUCGAAAUCGAGUGAAUUUUUGAAAAUUACCGGUGUGCGACCGCUUACCGUUGAUAGAAGCUUUUUGCGUCACGAAUGUGAAUUGGCCAGAUCUCAGGUCGUUUGUUCCGGACUAUCCAUAAAAAGUCGUGACUCGUCACCGAAUCACAGUAGUGCGACAACUGUAGACCUUCGACAGAAUCGUCGACCAAUUAAGCCAUUGGUGCAUCAAACGAAUAUUUCAAUUAGCCUGAAAAGUGACACUAAAAAAUCGGACGAAUUGAACAACAACAUGAAUUGUUUGCAAAAAAGUCCUGAUCUAUUAGACGACAUCAAGUACAUUGACAGUGACGAUAGUGAACGGAAAAAUUCGCCGACCAUUUCGAAAAUAACAACGUCCAGAGAGUACUUUAACGGUCAUAUGUCGUCGACACUUCCACCACCUACAACCGCGAAAAUACCGAUCGAAGCGUCUGGCAUCAAUAAAUACAACACAUUGACGAAUCCACGAAGUGGUAAUCAGGCGAACGGUGUUAGUGGAACGGAAAAUGGAUUGAGUAACGGUGAAAAGCGAUUUGCAUUUGGUGGUGAGAAUGGUUCGCGGUCGACGUCACCAGCAUCGAGACAGAUUAACAAACGAAACGAUGAAACGCCGACAGAUAAACAAAAACUUAGUGGUGAUGUCAACGGAAGUAUACGAAAUACGUCUCUUCGUUCGUUGCCUCCAUCGUCUUCGUCGUCACCAUCGUCAACAAAUCGGUACUGGGAUCGAGAGGGACGAUCAACACUCAGCAGCCGAACAUUAGGCGAUUCUGAUGCCUUUAACAAAUCGUUGGCUUCCAGCUCCAUAUCCGAUGUAUCGGAUGAUUCGUCCGAAGGUCUGUGUGGUCUUCGCAAUAUCGGCAACACAUGCUUCAUGAAUUCAGUGAUUCAAUGUCUAAGUCAUACGUCUGAAUUGUCACGUUUCCUCAAAACCAAAACCGAUGGCCGGUCAACAACAAAAGAUCAACGAAUUUUGGUGGAAUUCGCGAAACUGAUACGUGAUAUGUGGACGACGAACACUCGCAGCGUAACACCCAGUGAAUUGAAAUCGGCAUUUUCGUGUAAACAUCGAAUGUACAGUGGAUGUCAACAGCAGGAUGCACAAGAGUUUCUGCGAUUCUUUCUGGAUUCAUUGCACAGUGCGUGUAAUACGGGUACGAAGGGCGGAACACUGGAAAUUGAUGACAAUUUAUCGGAUAAUAAAAAGGCCGAUCUGACAUGGGAAUGGUACACCAAAGUCGAAAAUUCCAUGAUUAAGGAUCUGUUUGUUGGUCAGCUAAAAAGUAGCUUGAAAUGUACACAGUGCGGGAAUACGAGUGUGACGUUCGAUCCAUUUUGGGAUUUGAGUGUGCCGUUGCCAUCGUCAAGCAAAUGUAAAUUGGAAAGUUGCCUAGACUUAUUCAUCAAAGAGGAAGUGCUCGAUGGAGAUGAAAUGCCCACAUGCUCGAAGUGCAAAACGAGACGGAAAAGUACCAAAACAUUUACGAUUCAACGAUUUCCCAAAUACUUAGUAAUUCAUUUAAAACGAUUUUCGGAGACACGAUGGAGCAAAUUAUCGAAUAUUGUUGAGUUUCCGACCGGUGACCGAGAGCUGAACAUGGCACCGUAUGCAGCCAAUUCGUCAUCAGCACUGUAUUCAUUGUAUGGCAUAUCAAAUCAUAUGGGUUCAACUGCUGGUGGACAUUAUGUGGCGCUGUGCAAACACCCAGUGACUAAGAAAUGGCAUGAAUUUAACGAUAACAUGGUACACGAUGCUAGUGAAAGCGGAUUGGUUUCAUCCAGUGCCUAUCUACUGUUCUACGAACGAGCGUAAGAACAAUAAAACAAAAAUUAGUUAAACUGACAGGAAACUAAAAAUUUUACAAGUGAGAACGAAGCUACUAACAACCAAAAAGAAAAGAAAAAAAUUUUAAGUUUCUCGUUGUCGUUGUUGUUGUUUUUUUUUUCUUUUUAAUUUCAAUUAACCCGCGCGAUUUAGUGACACCCAUUAAUUAAUAUAUUUUAGAAAUUAACAGAAAACAAAUCAAUUUAUUUUCGAAAUUAAUUAUUGUACAUUUUAUGCUCUGUA